AACCGGUGAUGCCCAAUGGACAGCCUACCCUUAAUUACCAGCAUCAAAAAACCCAAACUCAAAUAGGUCCACAGUUGCUACAACAACCAUCAAUGCAGCAGCCGUUAGGAAACAGCAACCCAUCCAUGCACAGACAACUAUCGCAGACAACAACGCAUCUUCCUACACAACGACAACUGAUACAUCAGUGGUCAAAGUCACUGCAGCUACAACUGCGAUCACUGAUAGAGCUGCAACAACAGUUACUAACUAAAAAGCAAGAACAAACGCAGAAUACAAAUCCUAAUUUAAUACAGCAACUUCCUCAACAAGUUGUGCAGGCACCACAGAAUACUCCUAAUAUCCAAACUUUAUCUACAAACAACGCAAAUAGAGUUACACUUUUGAAUCAAAACCCUCAACUAAAUAGUGGUUACCAACAACAAAAACAACAACAACAAAAACAACAACAACAACAACAACAACAACAACAAUUUCAAAUAAACCAACUACAGCAACAGACAACACAGAUGCAACAAUUUCAGAAUGAGCAGCAACAGCAGCUGAAACAACAACCACAACAGCCACAGAGGGACCAACAAUUGCAAAGCCAACAGCAAUAUUAUCAGCAGCACCACCAACAACAAAAACAAGCACAGAAUCAUCAAACACAACAAUUGCUACACAGUCUUCAAGGUCAGCAGCAAAUGAUACCACCACAUAAGCCGCAAAUGAUACAACAGUUAAUACAUCAACAGCAGCCACUGCAGAACAAUCAACAACAGACACAGGAGCAGCAACAACAACCUAAUCAGUUUCUCCAUCAACAAGGACAGCAACAGCAGCAGCAGCAACAGCAGCAAUUACAGUCAAAACAGACAACAAACCAAAUUCAAUUGGGACAAUUAAAAAACAAAAUUGGAUCUCCAAUAUUACUUGAUGCUUCGUUACUAGGACAGCAGCAGCGACAGCAUCAGCAGCAGCAACAGCAAAAGCAACAGCAACAAAUACAGCCCCAACAAUUAGAACAGCCAAUAAACCAAAUUCAGUUUGGACAAUUAAAAAACAAACUUGCGUCACCAGGUUUACUUAAUGUUGCGUUACAAGAACAGCAGCACCAACAACAACAGCAGCAGCAGCAACAGCAGCCGCUGCAGCAGCAGCGACUGCAACAACAGCAGCAGCUGCAUCAUCAACAAAAGCAACAACAGCAAAUACAGCCAGAGUGGGUAGAACAGCCAUUGACCCAAAUUCAGUUGGGACAACUAAAAAACAAACUUGUAUCUCUAGCACAAGUUGAGGCUGCGUUACGAUCUCGAAUGGCAAUGAACUCUAAUAAUGGCAGUCCAUUAUCUGUAUCAAAAUCUACAGGAUCAAGACAACCACAACAACAGCAAGAGAAUAAACAAUUUUUUACUCAGGAUCAGCUGCAAAGAGCCCUGUCACAAAAUAGCCAAAUAAGUGGCACAGUAUUACCUAACAUGGAUCCAAAACCAAUGCCACAUUCAGGAACAAUGCACCUCCCUACACAACUGCAGCAGCAACAACAACAGCAGCAGCUUAUGCAACAACAACAACAAUGGCUGCAACAAAAACAGCCGUUACAACAGCCUCUUGAGCAAAAGCAAAAAAGACCACGGAAUCAAACACAGCCAUUUGCAAAAUCGUACUUGCAGCAAGAAAAAGGUCCAGGACAUCAACCAUUACAGCGUAACAGUCCCAACAUAAUGCAACAACAACUACAGCAGCAAUCGCAGGCAUCUCAAAAUGUGCUAAACGCCCAUUAUCCAUCUACAAACAACAGAGGCAGAGGCAGAGACAUCGUUUACAAUCGAAACAAGACGUUAAACACAGGUUUCCAGCAUCCAGCUUAUCAAAGUGUAAGGCCAAAUCAAGAUCGCCAGUUGCCUAAUUUACCUAAAAAUCCAACUAGUAAAAAAUCCCCAGUUAGUAUCAAUUCAGAUCCUGCGAGUUGGGGACCCAAUUUUCUAGCCAAAUUUGGUGGAGUAAGAUUGAAUAAUAACAAUGUAAUACCAGGCAGGAGACAACAGACCAAAGGAAUACUAAAAUAUGUCAAUACUCGUAUUUUAAAUUCAGGUGGAGCUGGCCUUAAUAACAAUGAUGGCACAAAUUCGGUGAAUGCUGCAAGUGGUAUAUCAUUGCAAAAUAAAGGUAGCAUUAUUAAUAAUGAUCGUACAAAUGUGAUAAAUUCUAAUGACUUAAAUACUGGUGGUAUUGUUUCAAGACACAGAAACAACGGAAUACUUUUAAACACGGGGAAUACUGGUUCACCGCAAAAGAACAGUGACAUCUCUACACUCAUCAACACCCUUGGUAUUAGAAAAAAUAUAGACACAAGUGGUUUUGGACGUAAUUUAAAUAUUGCAAAUUCGGGAUUGUUAAACACUGGACGUAACAUUUCAAAACAAAAGAACAGUGGAAUGACUACCAACGGAUUGGGAAGAAACAAUCAACUACCGAGAUUAGCGAACACAUUGGACUCCCAAACACAGAACAGUAUUCUCAAUGCAGUACUGAGAAUGUUGACUUUAGGUUCAAGAAAUCAGAAUCAGAACCAAGCGUUUUUGCUCAAUUCUAGACGUGGAGGAAUGUUUCAGCCUGGAAAGCAGGCUCGGCACAUUAUAAUACAGUCGGGUGGCAACCCACAGAGUCUUCUAAGACGUAACCAGUUAGGUAUGCUACCACACAUACUAAAUGGGAGAGGUGGAUCACUGCUUCCAGGCCAGCACAGGAACCCGCUCUUGUCGAACAUUCUGCCAGGUCAGAUGGGUGCAGGAAUGGGCAGCUCGUUACCUCAUCAUCUGCUGGGACAAUUUUCGUCUUUGUUUCAGAAACCAAAGUUCGAUCCACUACGACCUCCGCCUUUCGGAACACCAGAAUUUACAGCUUGGUUUCGACAAAUGGAUCAGCUGGGGAUUGAUACCCCUUACGAUAUUCCGGAUCCACCAGAUCCAACCCCGCCACCUCUCGUGAUGCCGCCAACACUUCCACCAGUUCCACCAACGGCUGCUGUUACAAACGGACUGGCGCCACAAACACAAGGAAAUGCUGCCCCAGGAUUAGAGUUGGGGAAACUUUUGACUUCACCAAUCGGUAUUUCUUCCACAAGUGUAAAUGUGCCAGGCAAUGCAGUAACUUCGCUUCCACAAUCACCGCAGCCUGUCCUCAAAAACCUAGGUACAUCGCCAGCACCAGCACCAAUAUCAGCAGUGAUGGACCCAGCAACCAAAUCACUUAAUUCUUUGCUUAUUCAAAUCUUAGCAUCUCUAGCACCCGAAAUCCUUAGGAUGAAUAUGUCGGAUGUAGCAAACGCAAAGCACCUCGCCUUAUUUGAAGCACUGUUAGAAGGAACACCACAAGAGUCUGUUUCACAGUCCAACAUAGCAAAUCACCAAGUUACAGCAAGCCCUCAACAGACAAAGCCACAACAGAACAACCCAGCUCACCAAGUUCCAGCAAGCCCUCAACAGACAAAGCCACAACAAAACAACCCAGCUCACCAAAUUCUAGCAAGCCCUCAACAGACAAAGCCACAACAGAACAACCCAGCUCACCAAGUUCCAGCAAUCCUUCAACAGACAAAGCCACAACAGAACAACCCAGCUCACCAAGUUCCAGCAAUCUUUCAACAGACAAAGCCACAACAGAACAACCCAGCUCACCAAAUUCUAGCAAGCCCUCAACAGACAAAGCCACAACAGAACAACCCAGCUCACCAAGUUCCAGCAAUCCUUCAACAGACAAAGCCACAACAGAAUAACCCAACUCACCAAGUUCCAGCAAGCCCUCAACAGACAAAACCUCAACAGAAGAUCCUAACAGCACCUUCAGUGUCUACAUUACCUAUAAACAAUAUAAUGGGUAGUCAGCAAACUCACCAGAAUUAUCAAUAUUCACCUACAAUCCCAACUUCUAAUGGCAUAAUAAAACUAGAACAGUCCAAUACUUUAAUUCAGGGGAAUCAUGCAGCUCUACCCAUUCCUUCUUAUCAAAAACCGGUUGUAAGUAAUGUCCCUUUACAUCAGCCAUCUCAGAAUGGCCAAUAUGACUCUUCUAACGUUCCAUAUAACACGAGAGUAAUGCAUACCCAAGAUCAGAAUUAUUCUCCACCCAUAAUUGACACUCUUGUAACGCAGAAUCAACCUGCGAAUAUUCCUUUAUCGACUACUCGAACAUUAAUAGACAAAAACACCAUAACCAGCCAAAUCUCUACUAGUGCUCACCAGAAAGAUAUGAAUGCGAUGACGUUUGGACAAUGGAAGUCUGAGGUUCGACCUGUAGAUACAGCCAAUAUGAUGCCUAUGGCAGCAGAAACAACAGUGGUGGCUGGAACAAAACCAUUGCAAAUUAAACCAGACCAACUACUGUUGCACACACCCACUAAUCAACAACUACCUGCGUCCAAAAGUUAUACGAUUACACCUGGAUCAAAUAUAACUAAUGGAAUCAUUUCGGCUUCAAACGCAGGAGUAUCUACGGCAGUGAACAAUGUUAGACCAGUACAGUCAGGACCUACAGUAACUGUAAAUAAUCAAAUGCCUGGAACUAGCAGUCAAAGUCAGCUUCAGACCAUGAUAAAUAAUUUAUCUCUAACCCCAUUUGAACUGGCCAUAUUGGUAUCUGUUUUACGUGGAGGGUUUGAGAACAAAAUUCAGGAAUCAGUAAGCAAUGUGUCGAGUAAGUCUAAUAUGAUGAAUAAUGCCAAUAUGAUGAAUAAUCCCAACAUGAUGAAUAAUCCCAACAUGAUGAAUAAUGCCAAUAUGAUGAAUAAUGCCAAUAUGAUGAAUAAUCCCAACAUGAUGAAUACUGUCAAUAUGAUGAAUAAUGCCAACAUGAUGAAUAAUGCCAAUAUGAUGAAUAAUCCCAACAUGAUGAAUAAUCCCAACAUGAUGAAUAAUGGCAAUAUGAUGAAUAAUCUCAACGUGAUGAAUAAUCCCAACAUGAUGAAUAAUUCCAAUAUGAUAAAUAAUACCAACAUGAUGAAUAAUGCCAAUAUGAAGAAUAAUCCCAACAUGAUGAAUAAUGGCAAUAUGAUGAAUAAUCCCAACAUGAUGAAUAAUCCCAAUAUGAUAAAUAACCCUACGACCGAAGGACCGAAGUCUGUGCAUCAUGCACAACCUGCACAACCUGUGCAACCUGUGGACCAGUCAUUAAAUGUCGCAUAUACACAUUUUAGUUCUGUUUCGAAAAUGCUACCUAACAGCCAGUUUGAAAGAGAGUUUAACGUAAACAGAAGAACAUCUGCCACGUUUAAUGCAGAUAAACAAGCACCCCAAGAAUUGUAUGGUGUGAUAGAACAAGAACAAGUCAAUGACACAAUAGUUAAUCUUAUGCCUACACCAGGUAGUACUAGGCCUGCUAUUGCCAACAAUCUCCCUUUAGGUGUUACUAAUACCCAACAGACAGUAGUAGGUUGGAUUCUAAAUGGAAACAGAAAUAAUAACACCAUAUUGUCAAGUUCUGGAAAUAAAACAUUAACUAGAGUUCCCAAGCGGUUGUCUUCAGGGAUACAUUUAUCAACAUUCACGCAACAGAACAUGGAACAGGAAAACAAAGGCAUCACGUCUGGCCAAAAUUCAAGACGUGAUAAGGCACAGGCAAUAGAUCAAAACUAUAAUAUAGAAACUAAUGAAAAUAACUCAAAUCAAAGAAUUGCCAAUGGAUUGAGCGAGACAAAACAUCAAUUUAACACUAUUUCUGUGCCACAUUCCCCCAAACAUACAACAAAAUAUAAUACUAAUACUAAACUUAUCAACAGUAAAAAAGAACUGUCACCCAGAAAUACAGCAUUACCAAAUGGAAAACUUAAAUCAUUUAAUUCCAGAAAUGGUAAUGUUAUUAUGUCUGCUGCAGCAAAUAAGCCUAUUGAUCACACAAAACCGAACCAUGGUAGCUUACCAAAGUUUAAAUUAAACGAACAAUUACAGCUAGAAAAUCAGUUUGAUCUUCAAAAUCACCCAAUUAUGUUAGAUUUGUCCUCUUUAACACCUUUCGAAAUGGAAUUGUUAAAGGCUCAUUUGCCAAAGGAACUGAGAUCGGUGGUGCCAAAUAUGCCAGCUGCAACUCUAGCUGCAGGUUCUCAAACUGUUAUCUCAGAAACUGGACCUGAAAAUGCAUCAAGUUCGAUGGCAAACAAACAAAAUACGCCUACAGUGGAACAGUCCAUAUCCAGCACCUCAAACGCAAACCUGAAUAAGACAAAUGCUGCAUCUGUACUUCCGAAAAGCAAUCAUGGACUUGAUUUAUCGGGAUUUUCGUCAUUGGAACUAAAUAUGCUUAAGUCAGCUCUCGUUAAACAAAACACGAACUCCAUUUCUUCGACAGGUAACUCCAUUCACGGAUCAGCCCAACCUAAAAUUUUGAAUACAAACGUGCCUCAAGACGUAACACAGUCUUUAGAUGCAAAUUUAGUUACUUCUAAAACUGACUUAGCAAACACUAGUCCUAAAAUUAAGAGCCUAUCUUUCGAUUCUAACUCGGUCACAUCAAGCAGCAAUGCAAUUACGAAUCCAACAGAGAUCAGUUUUACAGAACAAGUUCAAACACACGCAGAACCACAAUAUUCUGGUUUAUCUUUCUUGUCUAAAAAUGAAAUAGAGAUUCUUAAAUUAGCUCUUCGUGGAGGGACCUUUCCUAAUGCUUUGCCCAGACAGCCAACGGCAAAUAACAGGAAUAAUAAUGCUCUUCCUGUUGAAACCAAUGCUUUGCUACCAGUAGGACAAAAUACUAUCAGCAUUAGGUCGCAGUUAAUGUCCCCCAAACAAUCAUCGCCACAAGCAGGUCUUUCUACUUAUAAACAAGGCACUAGUAACUUAGAUAUACCAAUGGAGGUAACAAAUUCGAUUCCAUCCAGUAACCAACCAGCAAAUUUAAAAAGGUCUGCAAGCAGAACAUUGAUAUCAUCUGCGGCAGGAUCGGCUGCCAAUAAUAAACUUUCUGUGGCGAAGUCUGGGAUAAGUUCUUCUAAUUUGGCUGGUGUAUCUUUGACACAUUAUAUCGGGAAGUCCGCAACAGGUGCUGUUGGUAGAAGUCGUUUGUCCCAAAACACCAUUACGAAAGGAAUAUCUUCAAAUUUCCACCAGUCUGAAGGGGUUCAUGGAAUCAAAGAAGUGCCUGAGCUGGACGGGUUAACAGCAGGUGAACAUAAUCCAUUGACUAGCUCAGUAAACAGUCUUCCUGUUAUUAACCACAACGUGAGAGCAGCUGUAGCAUCCAAUAUUCCACCUUCUAGUAUCCCUCUUGCAAACCACAUCAAUACGGUUGCAAACACCCAAGCAUCAGUGGAACUAAACCCUAUGGAUGGAGCCGCCCAUGACGUUACUAUUAAUGAUGGUGUUAAUGCUCCACAAGUGAACUCAGUAAACAUCCCAGCUCCUAAAAUACUAACAGGUGGAAAUGGUGACUUAAAUCUGAUUGAUUUGAACCCACCGUUUCUUGCAAAUGAUGGUGUUCGUGCUCCACAGGUGAACUCAGUAAACAUCCCGGCUCCUAAAAUACUAACAGGCGGAAAUGGUGACUUAAAUCUGAUUGAUUUGAACCCACCGUUUCUUGUAAAUGACGUUUCGACAACCUCAGCUUCAAAUGGUGGAGGACUGACAACUAGCAAAACUGUCCAAGCAACUACCAACCCCGCCAUGACAGUUCUUCAAUAUUUGAGAAAAAUGCUGGAAAUGCCGACAAUUGAGGGGAUGAAAAACUUCAUAGCAAAAUAUCUGUUUGCAAGCGUUGUUACUAAAUUGUCAAUGUCAUCAACAUCAACAAACUUAGAAAAAACUAUAUCUUCAGCAUCUUCGAACACAACUGAAGAACACGCAGAAGAGGAGCAAGGACUGGAAGGUACAACGGUUGCCCCAGACUUAACAACUGAAGAACCCUCAGACGAGGAACAAAGCGCAGAAUCCAAUUCUACGAUGGCUACAACAGAAGAAUACGAAUAUUACGACGACUAAGCCUAAUGUUACUGAUAUUCGGAAACAUGGACGACUGAUGAUCUACGUUCAACUUAUGACAUACUGAAGCUCAUUCUCACAUCAACUCUUCUGAGGUUGUAGCAGACGGCUCAUAUUGUUCAUCAAGCAAAUCAUCAGACAGAAGACGCGUUGGCUUAUCAAUGUUCUUUUCGUUUUUACAUUGAUGUCCGACUUUGUACAACCCUUGGAAAUUAUCGUGCUAUUUAAUGUACAGAGAUAUUUAUAUAAGAGUAGUAUUUAAGUAGAUCAAAUUAUAACACAUUUAGCAGACCCAUAGAAACGGAGGGAGGGGGUUAGAGUGGCACGAGGAGCUUGUGCCCCAACUAGAUCACCAUAAGAUUUACCUUUUUUUGUCUUCUACCAGUGUAUGUAUAGUUUUUAAAGAAGCCGAAUAUUAUCAAUUAAACAUUGUAAUUUUCUUAUUCAGAUUCUAUCCAAAGAUAUAAAUUUUACGGUGGGCGGAGGUGAGAGUGGGUAGCUCUGCACUCUAACGCGUUCGGGCCCAAACAUAUCAACUUCCUUAUGUGUCUGUUCAGUAUUAUUAUCAAACAUUGUAAAUCAUUAUAUAUUUUAUUACAAAAUGCCAUUUAACGUCUUUUACUUAUGCUUUAAAAAUAUAUAAUUAAAUUAUCGUGCCAUUCAUUACCUGACAUUUAUUUUAGUUUUUCUUCUAAGUAUGUCAAUAUUUUUCAGAUAAUAUAUUGGAAUAUAUGUUUUUAAUAGACUGGUUUCAGUAAAAUAGGUUAAAGCUGCAAUAUCGACGCAAUCUGAUUAAAAUUAGCUCUACUGGUCUACCAGUAGAUCUAACAGCAUUGCGUUGACUCCCAUGUCCAGAUGACAUUUCAUCUAUAAAUAACAAUUUAAAUAUCGACCACUUACA